UUAAGUCUGGUGGGUGACUAUAUUGAUUCCAUCCUGCCUCUAUAGCAUCAAAGGAGAUGCUACAACUAUUGUGAGUACCAUUCUCUUCUAUCACAUUGAUUCACCUGUGUUAAGGCAAUACUAGGCCAUAUAGGCACCUGUGUUUCUUUUUGUCGUUCUGAUACAGACACCACAUCAUUACCGGCAGUUGGUCUCCUGGGUGACUGUAAUAGAUCCCAGAGUGUCUCCAUAGCACUAAUUGAGGUGCUUUCACAAAUACACGGCCAGAGCACUGAGAGAUACCAGGUAUUGAUGUAACUGGAGUGAAUAAGGGAACCUUCUUCCUGAGCACAGACAUUGGAGCCUGUUAUCAGCAUGAACUCAUAUGUGUUAGACAAACACAUGAAUAGUUCAUAUCCAUUCUUUACUACAGGAAGCAUCAGAAUGAUACCACAGACUCCAACAUUUUUAGACACUAAUGACUAUUCACAAACAUUGGGGAUAUCACAGCAGAUAUUUAAAGAACAUGGUGAAUUGUCAGGAACUGGGCAGCAAUCAUUAUGUACAGAGAGUGAUUUAGUCAUCAAACAAGAGGACAACAUUUAUGAGUUUUCUAGUGAAAUUAUUAUCCCAGAGGAUAAACCACACACAUUUGCUGAGUUUUCAAAACAUAUUAAAGAAGAGAAAAGUCUACAGUCUAGCCAAAUGAUUCAUACAAAAGACAAACCUUUCAAAUGUACAGAAUGUGAGAAAAGCUUUAGAUAUAAGUCUCAUCUUCUAGAACACCACACAAUUCUCACAGAUGAGAAGCCUCACACAUGUCCUGAGUGUGGCAAAUGUUUUAUACAAAUGACAAAACUUAUAGCUUAUGGAAGGACCCACACAGGGGAGAAACCAUUUAGCUGUACAGAGUGUGGAAAAAGUUUUACACGAAUGUAUAAUCUGAAAACUCAUAAAAAGAAUCACAGAGGAGAAAAGCCUUUCACGUGUACAGAGUGUGGAAAAAGUUUUACACAAAAGAGUGAUCUGAAAAAGCAUGAAAGGAUUCACACAGGAGAAAAACCUUUCACAUGUACAGAGUGUGGAGAAAGUUUUACACAAAAGAGUGAUCUGAAAAAGCAUGAAAGGAUUCACACAGGAGAAAAACCUUUCACAUGUGCAGAGUGUGGAAAAAGUUUUACAGAAAAAAGUAAUCUGAGAAAACAUGAAAGGAUUCACACAGGAGAAAAGCCUUUCACAUGUACAGAGUGUGGAAAAUGUUUUACAGAAAAAAGUAAUCUGAGAAAACAUGAAAGGAGUCACACAGGAGAAAAGCCUUUCACAUGUACAGAGUGUGGAAGAAGUUUUAUACAAAAGAGUGAUCUGAAAAAGCAUGAAAGGAUUCACACAGGAGAAAAGCUGUUCACAUGUACAGCGUGUGGGAAAAGUUUUACACGAAUAAGUAGUCUGAAAAAUCAUGAAAGGAUUCACACAGGAGAAAAGCCAUUCACAUGUACAGAGUGUGGAAAAAGUUUUACAGAUAAGGGUAAUCUGAGAAAACAUGAAAGGAGUCACAAGGGAAGAAACCUUUCACAUGUUUAGAAAGUGGAAAAAGGGUUUAUUGAAAUCAGGUAUCACAAAACACCAAAUAUUUACACACAAAUAAACUUUAUAUACACCGUGUACAACCUUUUUACAAUUAUCCUAAAAAAGACAAACUCUCUAAACAAUAACAUCAAAAGAGAUGUUAUUGUAGAUAAUAUUUACUAAAUCCCAGUUACAGAAGCCUCAGAUUGGAAGUGCUCUCCUGCUGUCCUUUUGUUCCUCUAUAUACAGUUGUGCUCAUAAGUUUACAUACCCUGGCAGAAUUUAUGAUUUUUUGGCCAUUUUUCAGAGAAUAUGAAUGAUAACACAAAAACUUUUCUUUCACUCAUGGUUAGUUUUUGGCUGAAGCCAUUUAUUAUGAAUCAACUGUGUUUACUCUUUUUUAAAUCAUAAUGACAACAGAAACUCCCCAAAUGACCCUGAUCAAAGGUUUACAUACCCUGGUAAUUUUGGCCUGAUAACAUGCACACACAAGUUGACACAAAGGGGUUUAAAUGGCUAUUAAAUGUAACCAUCCUCACCUGUGA